AUGGAGGAGAAUCAUGAAAGUCUCUUAUUCAAUUUCAAUGAUUUUGAGUUUGAAACAGAAGAAACCCAUAAUUUCAAGAAAGCGACAAAACAAGAGAAAACCGAUUUGCUCGAGUUCAUUGGAGGAUUCGAAAAAUGGUCAAUUCUUUCUGAUGACUGUAAAAUGUAUGUCGUCGGCUUCUUAGAUUAUUGGACGAGAUGCAAAUUGUCUUUGUGUUCGAAGAAGGACCAUGAAAUAGUGAAAGAAACAAUUCUGUAUAUUACGAAAGGAGUUCGCCCUGAAAAUGACGGAGUUCGGAUGAAACCGAAACAUUUGGCAGAGUUGUUCAAAUCAGGUUUUGAACAGAAACAUUCUGAUCAGGCGACUAUCGAUAGAAUUACACUGAAAGACAACUUCAUUCAAAUCCAUACAGUUUCCAACUUCAUUCGUACUUGGAAAUUUCAUCAAAAACUGGAUGAAUGCAUCAUUCGCAGCAAGUCUUCUCUGGACCCUGAGUUCUGUUGCUCAAAUACUUUUUCGAUUCAGAAUGGAAAAACUGAAAAAGAAUUUCUGAAAAUAGCGAAGAAAGUAAUGUUGAAAUGCAGUAAUACUGUGCACACUUUAGAAAUUGGAAUGGAAAAGAAUGUUGAGAAAGGAAUUGUUGCUAAGUUCGGAACGAUAAAGCACUUGAUUAUAAAUCAUCGUUCCGAAGAACCAGUGAAAUUUUGGUUGGACAAACUGAAUGAAAAUGAUAUUCUGGAAAGCCUGUCACUGUAUACAGUUAAAUGGUGGUAUUAUUGCUAUCGAAAGUAUCCAUUCGAUGAUAUUGCCCAUCCAUCUGUGGUCAAAGCCAAAAACUUGAAAAUGGCCUUCCAUGUUGAUAUCACCGAUGAGCAAUUCCUCUCACUGGAAGCAUCUCGAAUGGCCAUUUCAACAGAUACUUUGAGUAUUGAUACUCUUUUUGAAUUUAUUCGAAGAUGGUUCAAUGAUGAAAUGAAUGACGAAUUCGUUCAAUGUCUCAUAUGGACAAAGACUAAUUAUAGAAGCAUGUCAUCACGACUUUUCUCAGUUUUCAAUGCAGUGGAACACAAUUAUAGAUCACGUGAAAUAGCGAAUUAUACCGAAUUCUUUAAGAAGUUUGAGAAAUACGGACAACUUGGAAACUUCUAUCAAAUCAAUAAAGGAAAUGACCAAAACAAAAGUAUUUCUGUUCUUAUAUCCACGAAUAGUUUUUUGGUUCUUCGAACUGGAUUCCCGUGUAUUCGAGACGGUCAACCUGGCGUGAAACUUGUUUUUCCUAAUGAUAUUUUGGAUGUUUUCGAUUAA